GAAUUAGGACUUAUCCCUAAAGAGCCUUUCCCCUGCUCUGAUCCAGAGGGCAGCGCUGGGAAGAGGGGGCGGCGGCGAGGAGCCCUGCAACAUCUGUAAAACUUGAAGGAGGCAGCGGAGAGAAGCGUGCGAGAGGGAGGAAAGCAAAGGGGCAACUUUUCCGACACGUACUAGUGCAAGGAGAGCUGAAGUAAUGAGAAGUCAUCAUGGAGGCGCAGUCCCAUAGCUCUACCACGACAGAGAAGAAAAAAGUAGAGACUUCCAUUGUGAAAUGCUCCAGUCGAACAGAUGUCAGCGAGAAAGCUGUUGCCUCCAGCACAACUUCCAAUGAGGAUGAAAGUCCUGGGCAGACCUAUCACAGAGAGAGAAGGAACGCGAUCACAAUGCAGCCGCAGGGUGGGCAAGGCCUCGGCAAGAUCAGUGAAGAGCCUUCCACGUCGAGCGAGGAAAGGGCCUCAUUAAUCAAGAAGGAGAUCCAUGGAUCUAUAUCGCACCUUCCCGAACCUUCUGUACCUUACCGUGGGACGCUCUUUACCAUGGACCCCCGGAACGGCUACAUGGACCCUCACUACCAUCCGCCUCACCUCUUCCCAGCAUUCCACCCUCCUGUACCAAUUGAUGCGAGACAUCAUGAGGGACGCUACCAUUACGAACCAUCUCCCAUUCCUCCUCUGCAUGUGCCUUCUGCCUUAUCUAGUAGCCCAACAUACUCAGAGCUUCCAUUCCUUAGAAUUUCACCUCACCGAAAUCCUGCUGCCACCUCAGAGUCUCCCUUCAGCACCCCUCACCCAUACAUUAACCCCUACAUGGACUACAUCAGGUCCCUGCACAGCAGCCCGUCCCUCUCCAUGAUCUCGGCAGCCCGUGGACUCAGCCCAACAGACGCUCCACACGCUGGCGUCAGUCCAGCUGAGUAUUACCAUCAGAUGGCUCUGUUGGCAGGCCAGCGCAGCCCAUAUGCAGACAUCAUUCCUUCAGCUGCCACUGCAGGAGCUGGUGCUCUUCACAUGGAAUAUCUUCACGCCAUGGAUAGCGCCAGGUUUCCGAGUCCGAGGUUGUCAGCCAGACCGAGCCGAAAGCGUACGUUGUCCAUAUCCCCCCUGUCUGACCACAGCUUUGACCUUCAGACCAUGAUCCGGACAUCUCCGAAUUCCUUGGUCACAAUUCUCAAUAAUUCUCGUAGCAGUUCCUCAGCCAGUGGUUCUUAUGGCCACUUAUCCGCAAGUGCAAUAAGCCCUGCUCUGAGUUUCACAUACCCUCCUACACCGGUAUCCCUCCAGCAAAUGCAUCAGCAAAUUAUAAGUCGUCAGCAAACCCUAGGUUCAGCCUUUGGACACAGCCCUCCUCUCAUCCACCCUGCUCCAACUUUUCCUACCCAGAGACCUAUUCCUGGCAUCCCCAGUGUCCUGAACCCUGUCCAGGUCAGCUCUGGACCAUCCGAGUCCACACAGAACAAACCCACAAGUGAAUCUGCGGUGAGCAGCACUGGAGAUCCCAUGCACAACAAGCGCUCCAAGAUAAAGCCCGAUGAGGACCUCCCCAGCCCCGGGGCAGGAAGCAUGCAGGAACAGCCAGAAGGAAUGACCCUGGUAAAAGAGGAAGGAGACAAAGAUGAAAGCAAACAGGAGCCUGAAGUGGUCUAUGAGACAAACUGCCACUGGGAAGGCUGUUCCCGGGAGUUUGACACUCAGGAACAGCUAGUGCAUCAUAUAAACAAUGACCACAUACACGGUGAGAAGAAAGAGUUUGUGUGCCGGUGGCUGGACUGCUCCCGGGAGCAGAAACCGUUCAAAGCCCAGUACAUGCUGGUGGUCCACAUGAGGAGACACACAGGGGAAAAGCCACACAAAUGCACUUUUGAAGGUUGUACAAAGGCCUACUCCAGAUUAGAAAACUUGAAAACGCACUUGAGAUCUCACACUGGAGAGAAACCAUAUGUGUGUGAACAUGAAGGCUGCAACAAAGCUUUCUCCAAUGCGUCUGACAGGGCCAAGCACCAAAACAGGACUCAUUCCAAUGAGAAACCCUAUGUUUGCAAGAUACCGGGCUGCACGAAGCGCUACACAGACCCCAGCUCUCUCCGGAAACACGUGAAGACCGUGCACGGCCCGGAGGCACACGUCACCAAGAAGCAGCGGGGAGAUAUCCACCCCAGGCCUCCGCCACCGAGGGACCCAGGCAGCCACUCUCAGACCCGGUCACCAGGCCAUCAGACUCAGGGUGCUAUUGGUGAGCAGAAGGACCUCAGUAACACUACCUCAAAGCGUGAAGAAUGCCUCCAAGUGAAAGCAGUCAAAGCAGAGAAACCAAUGACAUCUCAGCCAAGCCCUGGUGGUCAGUCUACAUGCAGCAGCGAACAGUCCCCCAUCAGCAGCUAUUCCAACAAUGGGAUCGAGCUUACUCUGACCGGUGGUGGUAGUGUAGGAGACCUCAGUGUCAUCGAUGAAACCCCAAUCAUGGACUCUACCAUUUCCACAGCUACCACAGCACUUGGCUUACAGGCCAGGAGGAAUAUGACAGGGACCAAAUGGAUGGAGCAAGUGAAAUUAGAAAGGUUGAAACAAGUUAAUGGAAUGCUUCCAAGACUGAACCCCGUUCCACCUUCCAAAGCCCCGACCUUGCCACCUCUCAUAGGAAAUGGUACCCAGUCAAACAGCAGCUGCAGCAUAGGAGGAUCCAUGACUAUCCUACCGAACAGGAACGAACUUUCAAGUACGGACAUCACUGUGUUGAACAUGCUGAACAGGAGGGACAGCAAUACUAGCACAAUCAGUUCAGCCUACUUGAGCAGCCGCAGGUCCUCUGGUAUCUCGCCUUGCUUCUCCAGCCGGAGGUCCAGCGACGCCUCCCAGGCAGAGGGAAGACCACAAAACGUGAGUGUUGCAGACUCCUACGACCCCAUCUCGACGGAUGCCUCUCGGCGCUCCAGUGAAGCGAGCCAGUGUGAUGACCUGCCAAGUCUUCUCAGCCUCACCCCAGCCCAGCAAUACAGGCUGAAAGCUAAAUAUGCAGCAGCUACUGGUGGACCCCCACCAACUCCACUGCCUAACAUGGAGAGGAUGAGCCUCAAAACAAGGAUGGCACUCUUGGGUGACUGCAGGGAGUCUGGAGUAUCUCCACUGCCUCCAGUGAAUGCCCCUCGAAGAUGUAGUGAUGGUGGGGCAAACGGUUACAGCAGGAGGCAUUUUCUGUCUCAUGAUGCUCUAGGAAAUGGGACAAGGAGAGCCAGCGAUCCAGUAAGGAUGGCCUCAGACAACCUCUCUGUCCCUAGAGUCCAGCGUUUCAACAGUCUUAAUAGCUUUAACCCUCCUGCUUCGCAUCCAUCCACGGAAAAGCGCAACCUUGUUCUUCAGAACUAUACCCGUUCAGAGGGUGACGUCUUCCGUGGCUUCAGCUCCCCCUGUCCUCCAAGCAUCAGCGAGAACGUCGCCCUGGAGGCUGCUACGAUGGAAGCGGGGGGCAGUCUGAAUGAUGAGGAUCUCCUGCCAGAUGAUGUGGUUCAGUAUCUGAAUUCCCAGAACCAGGGCAUGUACGACCACUUGUUGAACAAUGUUCUAGACAGCAACAAAAUGCAUCACAGCUCAGUGUUAGGCAACAACAACCCCAGCAACUUUGAUCAAGCCUCUCCACCGAGCAGUCAGCAGGCAGGUUCUGAGGCAAACAAGAGUGACUUGCCCAUUCAGUGGAAUGAAGUAAGCUCAGGAAGUUCUGACUUGUCUCCUUCAAAACUGAAAUGCAGUCAGCGCUCGGCAGUACAGCAGACUCGAGCCUUCGGACUGUACAGCAAUAUGAUGGUUCAGCAGCAGAACUUGGAGAGAAACACCAUGGCCCAGCAGAACGGCUACCAGAACCUGGUGGAGAACAAUGGUUCCUACAGUUUGCAGCCAAACAUGGUUCUUGGCAGCACUAAUUCCUUCAGCGUGCAGCCCAACAAGCCAUACAAUGACAGCGGCAGCAGGCAAGCAUUGAUGUCUGGAGCAAUGGACAAUUCCUGCGCCUUGGCGGUUCAAGGGCAGAAGCUGAGAAGCAGCAAUGUGCCAAUGAGUGGGAACCAGCAAAAUUUUGGCCAUCCCAUGGCAUCCAGCGAUCAACCCACCAAUAUGGCAAAUGGGGUGCAGAGCAGGAAUAUGAUGGAACAGGAAUAUUUGCAAAACCAACCAGUUGGAAAUGGCAUUCAUUACCAGGGAGUCAAUCAGUCCGGUCAAAUGAUGCUAGGGCAGGUUAGUCCUACCUCACAAAGCAGCCUGUAUCAGGGGCCGCAGAGUUGUCCACCGGUGUCUCACACCCUUGGUAGCCAGCCUCCAGGUUUGUUGGUGGCCAAAAGUUACCAGCCGUGCUCUAAUUACAGCAGCAGCAGACGGCCAAACAUGCCGAGAAACAACUUGGCACAACAGCAAGGACACGUAAGCGAUGGCGACCAGACAUACAGGGUAAACACCAUUAAGAUGGAGAUGCAAGGUCAAUCACAGCAGUUCUGCUCUAACACGCAGAAUUACUCUGGUCAGUUGUAUGACCAAAGCACAGGCUUUAGCCACCAAGCUAUCAAAACAGGUUCUUUCUUUGGUUCGGAAGCCAACUGCCUGCUGCAGGGGACUGCGACUGCAAACUCAGCCGAGCUUCUUUCCCCAGGGGCUAACCAAGUGUCAAGCACAGUUGACAGCAUUGACAGCAACAGCCUGGAGGGUGUGCAGAUUGAUUUCGAUGCUAUCAUAGAUGAUGGGGACCAUGUCAGUUUAAUUUCAGGAGCCCUGAGCCCAAGUAUCAUUCAGAAUCUCUCCCGCAAUUCCUCACGCCUCACCACUCCCCGAGCGUCUCUUACAUUCCCAGCUAUGCCCGUAAGCACAACCAACAUGGCUAUUGGGGACAUGAGCUCUUUGUUGACCUCACUUGCAGAAGAAAGCAAGUUUCUCGCUGUUAUGCAAUAGACAUUAAAAAAAAAAAGAA